AGGAAAGGGUUUUACUUCACGAUAAUCGUCAUUCGAUAAAAACCUAUGCGGUGCGAAUCGAGGCAGCCAUGACGUAAACAAAGGCGUUAAGUAAACGCAUGCGCGGUACGAUCAGCGAGCCUCUCGUCAGUCAGAGGCAGCGACGUGCUGACGUCACUGCACGCACGUAAACCUCGGAGGGUGAGACGCACGGUGUAAUAAUGUGAAAAGGGAGAGAGAGCAAAACAGCAUUAACGAAGACAGGAGAGAGAGUAUGCAUAAUAUGCAUUUCAUAUUGACGAAAGGUAACCGUCUAAUCCGGAUAAAGCUGUAUCUGUUAAAAGAAAUCGGAAAAGUUGGUUGAACAAGGGUGUUUUUCGUUGUUACUUCGUGGCCAGAGCAGAGCAUCUCUCAGAUUCGCCCGCCAUUCGAGAUGUUUCGACGUGCACGCGCCAUCCGCGCCAACUUUUAGUUAUCGGGCCUAUUAGAGACACGCGCCAUCGACGAAUGUUACUCGACGCCCGUUACACAAAAGGAUGUAGACCUGAUAUACGCUGAGGGGAGAGAUUCGGAAGCUUUCCAGAUGACUCCCAUGGCAGAUACAGAAAAGCAGGGAGCAAUGGUGCUUCAUGAAGAAGGCAUGACUGCCCCAACAUUGGCACCUCCCACUACCUCUCCACCGUCCAUCUUUGUUGUCCUUAAACAGUUGCAGUCUGGUGAUAGUGGGAAAGACAAGUGCAGCCUGAUGGCAAUUAGUGAAGCAAAUAAAAUGGUGAAAUCCUCUGUUGUAACAGGCAUCCAUCCAACAUCAUCCACUUUUGCAGACACCAACAGCACCGCACAGUCUGAGAACUUGCCAGCAGAUGCUAGAUGUAAAGGCAUCACUGUUACACUGGACAACAACAGUAUGUGGAAUGAGUUUUAUAGAUGUCAGACUGAGAUGAUUCUGACCAAACAAGGUCGUAGAAUGUUCCCCUACUGCCGCUUUCGUCUCUCUGGAAUGGAACCUUUCCAGAGUUACUUGUUGGCAAUGGAUAUUGUUCCAGUUGAUAACUACAGAUACAAAUGGAGUGGAAAAGGAUGGGAAACCAAUGGGAAGGCUGAGCCUCAUGUUUCACGUUUAUUUGUACACCCAGAAUCCCCUGCUACUGGCCUACACUGGAUGCAGUACCCUGUUUCUUUUUACAGACUGAAACUUUGCAACAACUUGGACCAAGAGGACCAUAUUAUUUUGCACUCAAUGCACCGAUACCUUCCUCGACUUCAUAUCAUACCUGCAGACAAAGACUCUGAAAACAUUCAAGUUGACAGACCCAAUGUCGUAACUCUAAGUUUUUCUCAGACAGAGUUCUUUGCGGUCACAGCCUAUCAAAACCUUCGCAUCACCCAACUCAAAAUUGACUACAACCCCUUUGCCAAAGGUUUCAGGGACGAUGCGGUCAAUGCUCGAUCAUCUAAGGCCAAGAAUGGAAUGCCCACUGAGGAAGCAAAGAGUGAGCUCAAGCUAAGCAGGGAGAUGACAACUUUGAAUAAUUUAAAAACUCUGUUCAUGAAGAGAAAUGCUACUGUUAAGGUCAGUAAGAAUCAGAAUGUUCCCAGCUCUACAAAUGGAGAAAGGAAAGCUGUUAAUGGCGAUGCUACCAUUGUAGAUGCAAAUGUUCCAAGUUUGUGCAGCAAGAAGCGCCCAUCGUCAUUGGCAUUCUCAGACUUUAUUAAAGGUGCUCAUGUGAAAGUAAAAAGGUUAUCACUCGAGAAUAUCACGAAAAAUGGUGUGGUCUUGCAAACAUCCACAACAAGUGAACAAAAGGAGGGAAUGGACAUAUCAUCCAAAACAGAAAAUAUACUACAAGUUGUUAGUAAAGAUGAAACUGUGGUAGGUGACAUUCACAGAUGUAAAAGCACAGACACCUCCUCAAAAACAGAGUUGAAAAUAGAUAAGAAUAAAACAGAAAUGCAUGAACACAAAGCUGACAAGAUUACAUUGCUAUCCUGUGACCAAAAUGAUGAAAAGGGGAUGGAGACCCUUUCUUCUCUGGACGCUGAGGCCAAGUCUGAAGCAAACACAAAGAAAGCUUUACUACAUAAGCGGCCAGAACGUGUACCCCUACCACUCCUUGCUCAGUUUCUUAAACAGAGAAAGUCUAAGACAAGACCUACUACACCAAAACCUAAUGUUCCCAGCUCAUCCUUAGACUCUGAAAAGUCCUGUGAACCUGCCUUAACCCCUGAAACCUCAUCUCCCUUGAUGUCUUCCAUCCCUUGUGUUACCACUAACUCAGAUUCACAACCAGUACUUGUCUCAUCUGAAAAAGUUAAAUUAUCAUCAUCAACAACAGAUGCAAGUAACAUAACAUCUCAGUCCACUACGUUAUCUCCAUCAGCAACUUCAUCCUCUGUAUCUGUAGAAACACAAUUAUCUGUUAGAUUUUCACCUUCCCCGAUUUGUAGUGAUCCAUUAAAUGCCCCAAACACUACCUCUCCCUCCAAACCUGAUCCUGACCGAACACCUGACAAUAUCUCUAGUGUGUUUCAUAAUGCUGAUGCUGUUUAUAUGACAGAUCCUGACAACACACUCGGGUCUCAGUCAGACAUUUCAUCUCUCCCUACAUGUGACACUUUGCAUGACACUUGUUCACCUACUUCACCUGAAGUUAACAUUGACUCUGCUGACACACCAAUUGUCCCUUCUGUCACUGCAUCUGUUUUUGAUGUGCCAUCUAGUACAGACAAUAGCGUUAUUCCUUACCAGCAACUUGCAUCAGUGCCUGAAGAUACUGGGAGUGAAUCCAUUUCUAAUUGCCUCCUAGACACUUCCAAGGGCUCUUGUCCUGAGCUUUUUUCUGAAGAAGUUCCUCCACAUAUUUUGUUCACACAUGAAGAAUCCCUUUCCUUGCCAUUAGAUGACCCAUCUUCCCCAGACUUCUCCUUACCCAGCCCAGCUCCUUCUUCUCCUGAUCCAUUUCCACCAAGUCUAUUCUGUGAAAGACCAGUACCUCCUAGAAAGACCCUUGAUUCUUUUCCAGAAAGACUAUUGGACUGCACAGGUUCUUUCUCUCCUGACCUUUUCCCACUAGGUCUAUUCAACAACAGGCCAGUAUCUCCCAGAAAGAUCCUUGAUUUUAUUCCAGAAAGACCUCUGGAUGGAACUGUAACUUCAAGAGAAUCAUUGUCACCAAGUGUCCCUAGUGGGCCAGAACAUCCCAGGGAAACAAUUGACUUGAUUUCUCAAAGUCAGUGCUCUGAUCGACCAGGUCCUCUUAAUGACUUGCAGUCUGCAGUUAGUUGUGAGACCAAUGUUUCUGAUCACAUUGUUCCUGAACCAACUAAACAUUACUCUCAUGGAAGCACUUUCAAGAAAUUCAAGGCUAAACAGAAAAAAACUGGAAAAUUGAAGUUCAGUGAAGAUAAUGAGGUGUCCAAAGGACCCAUAUCUGUUCCAAUGCAGCCCAGCCUGGAGGAUGUUGAAGGCCAGUUGUUUAUCUCCUUCUUGUCAAAGAAAGCUCUUGAGAUUCACCUUGGAGAUAAUGCCAAAACGGAGACUGCACAAAAAAACACAGAGAAUCCUGAUGGGGCCAGCUAUGAAAAUAUAGAGGAAAAGAUUGAGGAGCUAGAGAAAAUGCUUUUAUGUGAUCUGAAAGUCAUGAGGCACAGACAGGUCAUUCAUCCGGUGCUACAAGAAGUUGGAUUGAAGUUGAAUCUGCUUGAUCUCACCCUGGAAAUUGACCUGCAAUAUCUGGGUGUGCAAUUACCCAUACCCCCUCCUGUACUCUUACCCGAAGGAAGUUCAGCAUCAUCUCAAGUCCGGUUUGUUUCAAGGACAGGAAAAACCACUGACUUCACCAAAAUUAAAGGAUGGAGAGAUAAGUUUGCUGGCUCAGGAUCCCUUACCGACGGCAUGUCAAGCACAGAUGCAGGACAGAAGAACCUCUCCGCAUUUUGUAGUGACAUGCUGGAUGAGUACCUGGCCAGUGAGGGCAAACUGAUAGAUGAACGAGCUGCAACCUUAUCCCAGACUGAUGUUACGCAUGUUGCAUACCGGCUACCCACUAAGAGCACUAGCUACGUUCGUACCCUGGAUAGUGUACUUAAGAAACAAGUACCAGCUACCUUAUCCACAACAUCCAAUAAAGUCAAGCCAACUUUCAAGCUCAAGGAGGAAAAUAAAUCUAAAAAACACUUAAAGUCAGGUAUAGGAAAGCAAACAAAACCAGUGCUUACUGUUAACAAACCUGCUUUGCGCUUGAAAAAGCCACAGCAAAACAAGAAAUAUAAAACUAAGAAGGAAUCCAAGAGUUUGAGUGCUGAAAAGCCUGCUCUAGAAACUGCUGCAGUGGUAGCUUCUAAUAAGACUCCCGCGGUUGAAGUUUCUGGCUCCACGCCAUCAAGUUGUGCAGCUGGACGUACUACAGGUUUGCCUAAGACUCUGGUGAAGCUGAUGGAUGUGGAAGAUGGAGCAGUGUGGGAAGGCAAACACCGUACCUAUAUCACAGAAGAAAGGGCAGCCAUCGCACUAGCCACUCUUGUCACCGCUGAGGGGGUAUCAAAAGGAAACCCUGAUGCCAUCAGAAUUAUAAGACGACGUGCACCACCCUGCCUCAAUGUAUUCUGUAGGCUUGGCUGCGUGUGUGCCAGUCUGGUUCACUUGAGGCGACAUCAUCACUGUGGAAAACCUCAGUGCAUGUUGGGCUGUAGCUGCCUACGACGCAAAGUUGUUGCACUUAAGACCCCCAAACAGGAGGAAAGUGCAACAGAUGAGUCUGAACCUCAGCGAGUGUCAGAGGAGAACAAGGCUAAAUGGAGGAAGAAAAACAAAAAGAGAAAGACUUAUGUACUGACAGAUCCGGAUACAGCACCUGAACCGGCUAAACGUGUGAGUACAUUAUGGGAUCGAAAAAGAGAAGGUUUGGAUUCAGAAGUUCUUUUCUGUCCUCUUCCUCCGAGAUCCCCCUGUCCAGCACUCUUGUCUCGAGAAUUUCAGCAUGACCUGGAAAGCUUUUUCAGUCCUUCAAAACAAAAAAGGAUGGAAGAGAGAAAUUUGAAUAUGACUGAGGACAAUAUGGAGAGCGAGCUUACAUGUGCUCGUUCGCGACCGUUUUCCUUCGUGUGCCAUGAUAAACAAAAAAUGGUUGACCAACACCACAUCUCACAGGUCUCUACACAAGAUAUCGAGGAGGGAGAGCUUGUACCUCUUAAUUUGUCUGGCCCUGCCAAGCGGCUUGAGAUCAUAUCCGAAUGCAGUUGGGCUAGUACAGACACCAGAAAUUAUGUUAUGCGGAUAGUAUGUGAGCACAUGGCUCAGGAUCGUUUGAAGCAUCCUUUCUGGAUUGGCAAGUACUUCAUUCAGCCAGUCUCCAAGACUCUACAAGAGAAGGAGGAUGGUUCUGUCGAUACAUACAAAGUCAUCAUCUCUCAACAUACAGAGAAGAAAACAGAAGACGAGAAGGUUGCGCAAAACAAAGCUGAGCUGAAAAAGGAUGUAGAGACGAGUGAGGUGAAAGGUCUGCCCUUCCUCUCCAGGUGUUGUCCUGCAGGCUUGCUCAAGGCUGAGAAAAAAGCACCUGAUGCUCCAGGACGGAUAAUGGUUAAUGGAAAGACAUACCCACAAGCCAAAUUAGAGCUGGGAAAGAUGGGAGCUUUGCACCCUGCCAACAGACUGGCAGCUUAUAUUACAGGGAGAAUAUGUCCAGUCAGUCAGUCUGGACCUAAUGUGGCAACAACAUCAACUGUUACAAAGGCCUCUAUCACAUCCAUUCCGGUCUGUACUGUGUCCACAGUAACUACAGUUACCAGCACGUCUGCUUCUACAACCACACCGCUCAUCAAGUCUGUAGGUGUGUCUGGUCUAACCCCAACAACUACUGUCUCUUCACUUGGAUCAACCACCCCUGGAAAAAAGACUGUUUAUAUCACAGUUAUGUCCCAUAGUACAGGCCUCACCAGUAGUGGUCCAAGGUUUACAAAGCCUGUCACACAGACUCGUCCCCCACAGACCCCAGGCCAAAAGGUGCUGCUUCAGGUGGUGAAGACAGCUGAUGGCAACACAUUGUACCGUAAUCCUAAUGGCCAGCUGUUGCAGUUGGUGCCUCUAAGUCAAAUCAAAGCUAUCAAACCCAGCCUCCUAUCUCAAGGUCAACCAACUUUUAUUCGUUUGCCCACACCUACUGCAGUCAAUCCAAAAAAGCUUCAGGGUGGCAGCGCUACCAUAGUCACAUCUUCCAGCCCAACGCCACAAAUGCAGACAAAGCCUGCUGUCACUAUACCAGUCUCUACAUCUUCAUCUAUGAGUGGCAAGCCAGUCACACUCACUUCAUCCAAGACGGUCUCAUUGAGCAGCCUUCCUUCUACCCUUAAAGUUGUCCCAGGUUUUCUGGGACAGUCUGGCACUUGCACAUUAAGGAUUCUCCCACCAAAUCCUGUUCAAAACACUGGAAUUAUCAUUCCAACUUCCUCCCCUAUCCUCCCUCAGAGUGGCUUUACCUUGCUUAAGCAUGGAAGUUCAACGCUACUGAACCAAAGCUCCACUAAGUCUGAGACUGCCGUUUCUGUUAGCUCAGUUUCAACAGAAGGGGCAAUCAGUCAUGUCCGUAACCAAUCUGAAAUGGAUCCUUCUAAACAAAAAAGCUGUGACGGUUCUGAACUAAUAGCAGAAAAUAUAUCAGAGCUUCCAUCUUCUGCUGCCUCCUCUCCAAAUCCCAGUCAGUUUUCUGGAGGUGGUUCGAGUUUGGCUGAAGCUGGUAACAGAGCUAAUCCCAAAGUGAAAGAAACACAUUUUAACAUUGCUCCAGUUUCUGAAGAGGAAGAGAUUGGUUCGGAUGUAACAGAAUUAACUGAUGACUCUGACUUGUACAGUGAUGAUGACCGAGAAGAUGCAUGUAGUUUGAGUGGUUCUGAUAAAGAAGAGAGGCUGUUGGAUACAGAUGGUUUGGGCUCUGAGAUGAAAGAUUUUGCAGAGGUGGUGGUUGAUAUUGAGACUAUUGAAGAGUCUGCCGAGGAAAACUAUAUUACCAAACUUCAGGCAUCUGCAUUGAGGCGGAAUCAACAUCAGAGUGACCAGAAGCACAUUCAUGAUGAAAGGUUGGAGGUGAGGGUCAAGAGAGUGAGGCUGGAGAGAAAAAGGCGCCACACACUUAAAGAGUGCUUUCUUAAACUUCAUGCAACACUCGGAAAGCCUUCAAAAAAUCUUAAGACCUCCAAGAUGAGAAUCCUUACAAUGGCUCAAAAAGAGAUAGAGUCCCUGGUUAACCAGGAGGACCACUUAGUAGAAAGAAGAGCGAGGCUGCAAUUUAAGAGACAGCGUUACCUACAGACACUUUCACUAUUGUGUGAAAAGAGUACAGAGUCCAUCAGGCAGAAGCUUAAUGAAAUUAUUGCUAAACAAAAAUCCCUGGAAGCCCAGUCUAAUGCAAAAGAGAUGAAGUCCCAGCUGAACCAGGCAAUGCCCAAAUCUAAACCCAAACGUAAACUAGCUGAUCUAGGAAGUAAACAGAAAGGUUUAGCAUACCAGAACAAAUUGAAAGAUGUUCCCAAACCUACAUAUUCUCCUUCCAAACCAAUGGACUUGAGUAUUAAAAAACAAAAAAGCCUGGAACAGACUGAAAGUGUUUCCAAAUCCGCACCAGCCUCGCCUGCAAACCUCGAUGCUAGCAAAAACUCUCUUAAAACUCAGGAUAAAGAGAAAAGUAGCACGUCUAAACCUUCUCAGCCAUCCUUUAACUCCAGUCCACAAAAGAAACCUGUCUCUGUCCCAAGUCCUGUAAAACAUUCCCCAAUACCACGUGAGAGAACGCGUCCAAACAUUCUCUCCCGUGCUACAUCCCAGAUGAUACAAGGAUCUCCAGUCAACGAGCCUCUUUUUACUAAUGUGUGUAUACCUCAAGCAUUCCCUCUGAUGAAUACCAUGGUUCCAUGCAACCAAAUCAUAACCAUAAACAACCCACUUCAACCAAUUGGCAUCACCUCUGUAGGGACACAGCAAUCAUCCACACCAGGUGUUGCAUCUGUGUCCAUAGUUCCUGCAGUAUCACACCCGGUUGGAGUGAAAAAUCCCCUUCCAUUGUUGCGGUCUCAGUUUAUUAAAAUUACAAACAGUCCUGUUAAUAUUAACACACAAGUGGAUUCCGCCAACCUUCCAAAUAUCACCAAUGUUAUUUCUCUGGUUCCACCGGUGGAGAAUCUGGUAAUACCACAGAAAGUUGUGGAAGAUACAUCUGUUGUCCAGGCACAGCCAACAUCUGUCCCUGCACCUGUGGAGAAUCAGCAGAACCCUUCAGAUGUUAAAAUUCCUGAUUUGGAGGAAAGGGCAGUUGUGGAUGAGCCUCAAUCCAAGGAUGUCCCCAAACAACCUGUUGGAGGAGAUGAGAACAGUGCAUCUGUUACUUCAUCCAACCAAGAAGGACUGGACAAGAAAGGUCCGGAUGACUGCAACGAUCCUGAGGAUGAAAAUCUCAUGUCUUUGUUAGACGAACUUGUUCUCCUUAGCCAGCAGCUGAGUAACGAAGAUGAAGAUCAGAGAAUUGUCGUGCCAGGCGAGAUACAGUCAUGUUCGGACAAGCAGGCAGAUGAAGAACGGGAUGAUGACCGUGCUCUCAGUCCCUUGUUCCUAACUCUGGAUGAAGAUCUAAUGUCUCCAGACUCUAAAGAUGAAAUCGAUAUCCCACCCAAAGUGGAUGACUUGGUCAAAGUCAUUUUUGGAUCAGAUUCACCUUCCGUUUCAUCUGAAUCUGGGGUUGCACCAUCAACAAACGUUCAGAGUCCACAUGCCCCAACGUGCAACGAUAAAGGUGAUGCCCCUACACUGCCACCUCUGUUGCACAUGAAAGCUGCAUGUGAAGCUGCAUCAGGUCAGUCUACCAAUGAAGGGACCAGUGUGACAUGGCGGCCUAUGCCUAAACUGGUUCCUCUAGGGUUAAAGGUUCAAGACACUGUUUUGAAUAAGGUGACUGGCUCCCCAGUUCUCAAACCAGACUCAAACGAGGAAGAUGUUCAUAGAACACAAAUGUGAUCUACCAAUCAGUGUAUCAGGUAUAGCUGCUGCUUACGUUUAACAUGUUUAUGUACAGAAUAGGUUUUUUUUAAUGUAUUUAUUGUUUGUUUGCUGUCAAAUUCCUGCUGCUGUGGGCGCCACCUGUUGUGCCUCUGGUAAAUCCAAAGACUUUUGUUGAUUUGACCUUUUUUUGUUUUUUUGUAUACUCAAACUACUAGACCAGCUAGAUGUCUGACUGGUUUUGCUAGCAAUUGUGCAUCAACUCUUUGUGGUAAUAGUUGUGAAAGAAGCUGUUUACUCAUCCUAACCUCCAUAUUGGAGCAUGUUAUUUUUUUCCCAUUGGAGUUCAUUAAGAAAAUAAAAGAAAAAGUUUACUUGCUCUUUAAACAUAGGAUUAUUUCUCCCUUAGCGCAAUGAAGGUGAAGCUGAUCAUUAUUGUUUGUGCUGGGAAUUUUGUGUGAUCAUUAGGGUGGUUUUCCAGGUGACCUUUUUAGGUAUAAUUGAAUUUGCCCAGUGACUUUUAACAGUAAAGCCGUAUCACCCUUGAGUUUAUCUGCUAAUGAGAUUACACAAAUGUCACUGUCUUUGCAUCUAGUUGAAACUUGAACCACUGUCGAUUAAACCCAUUUACAUGAAUGCAUGUUAAGGCAAUAAUAGAUGUUAAAUUCAGAAAACAGGCUGUGUUCUUGUUACAGAAAAGCUAGAUUAUAUACAUAUAUCUUAUGUUGAGUGCCUUUCAACAGGUUCUUCUAUAUGCAUAUUGGGACAUAGGUUUGUUGAAUUAGGGAAUAGUAAACCUAUAACAAUAGCAUUAGGAGCUUAGGAAUAAAAGGAUAUAGUGUAUCCACUGCUGAGGUUUACUCUAAUGUGUUAGUACUGUGUUUUUAAUUCUCUUUUGACUUUUUUUGUUUUGUUUUGAAAGUAAUUGGUGAAGUUUGAGUGCAGUCAGUUUAUUGCAUUUGAACGUUUUAGUUUUGAAAACCUUAUUUCCCCCACCUCAACAGCAACAUAAAUUAUAAUGAAGCAUUUCAAAGGGUUGUAACGCUAAUGUCACACUUCCAAUGAGGUGGUUAACUUCAAGAGAUCCCUCAGUUUGAGCUUACAAAUGUAGUAAUCACUAUGCAAUUGUUUUGCUUUAGAUUUA